AUGGCGGCCUUUGCCCGCCUGCUGGAGCGUCUCGGGUGGUUCGCUCGAGCUCAAGAGGCAGCAGAGCAGGAGACAGAGGUGGAACACAAGGUCCCCGGCGAGCCUGGGGGUCUCCUGGAGUCGCCCCGAUGCUCGCAGAGGCUACAUGGGGGUGCGGCGGCUGCGCUCGGUCUGCGCUUCGGGGCGAGUGCAGUGCAGGGCUGGCGCGCGCGCAUGGAGGACGCGCACUGCGCUCGGCUGGCUUUGCCUGGGCUGCCGUCGGGUUGGGCUUUUUUCGCAGUCCUGGAUGGCCACGGGGGAGCGCGAGCUGCACGCUUCGGAGCGCGCCACCUCCCAGGUCACGUGCUGGGGGACCUGGGUCCCGCGCCCCGGGAGCCGGAGGAAGUGCGCCAGGCUCUGCGUAGCGCCUUCCUCCGCACAGAUGCGCAUCUGCGCGCGCUCUGGCCCCUCAACGACCCCGGCGGCUCGACGGCAGUAGUACUGCUCGUGUCCCCGCGCUUUCUUUACCUGGCGCAUUGCGGGGACUCGCGAGCUCUGCUGAGCCGAUCGGGCUCUAUGGCUUUCUGUACCGAGGACCAUCGUCCUCACCGGCCUCGGGAACGCGAGCGUAUCCAUGACGCUGGUGGCACCGUUCGUCGCCGGCGCGUUGAGGGCUCCCUGGCCGUGUCCCGAGCCCUAGGCGACUUCGCCUUCAAACAGGCAUCCGGGAGGCCUCCUGAGCUGCAGCUCGUGUCCGCUGAGCCCGAGGUGGCUGCGCUGGCACGCCAGGCCGAGGACGAGUUCGUGCUCCUGGCCUCCGAUGGCGUGUGGGACGCCCUGUCUGGUGCGGACCUGGUGGGGCUGGUGGCGUCGCGCCUCCGUCUGGGCUUGGCGCCAGAGCAACUCUGUGCUCAGCUGUUGGACACGUGUCUAUUCAAGGGAAGUUUGGAUAACAUGACUUGCAUGGUGGUCUGCUUCCCAGGGGCCCCCAGGCCUUGUGAGGAGGCAAUCAGAAGGGAGAUGGCUUUAGACGCAGCCCUGAGCCACAAAGUUGCCGAGCUGUAUUUCUCUGCUCAGGAACCCCCACGCCUAAACACAGUUUUCAGGACCCUGGCGUCAGAGGACAUCCCAGGCUUGCCUCCCGGAGGAGGGCUCCAUAGCAAGGCCACUGUCAUUGCCGAAGCUUACUCCAAACUCCGUCAGACCUCAGAGGAAUGUCAAGAGAAGAGGUGAGAUGAUGUGGAAACCACCAGCACUUAUCCAACUCUUGACUUGAACUCAGGCCUGACAACGGCCAUCCUCUGGGGACCAUCUGCAUAGCUCAGGGGAAAUCUGUGCUUCCCUACAUGAGAGGCAGAGGAAGGACGGCCAGCGUGGAGGAACCUAGAAUCUUCAUUUCCCCUCUCGUACUUCCCCCACACGAGUCUCAUGAGGGGGAACUCCACUGUCACCCAACAGUGACAAAGGAAAAAAAAAAGCUGAACGUGGUUCCUUUUUUUUCACCCUUAAUACUUAAAUCCAAACAGAUCUUAAGUGAUUCGUGUAUAACAGUCUUUCUGUUUUUUUAAAACCUGUUCUACAAGGAGGUGGUAAGAGAUCUGAAUAUUAAAUUUUUUGAAUCAAUAAAGCAGUUCCAAGUGCAUUCCCGUUUUUUUUUUUGUUUUCUUUUAAUUAUUCCUAUUUGUUUUGUGUUUAUGUAUGUGUGGAAGCGCAUGCCAUGGCAGGCACAUGGCAGUGAAAGGAUGCCUUUGAGGAGCUGGUUCUGGGGAUGAACUCAGGUCCUCAGAUUGGCAACUUGCUUUUGUUGUUUUCUUUUUUUACCCCCCUCUGUUUCCCUUUCAGGCAUUUGUUUAUUUUUCCGUAUAGGUGCGUUUUGCCUGCAUUUAUCGACACGUAUUGCAUGUGUGCCUUGUGCCGGCAGAGGCCAGAAGAGGGCAUCAGAUCCCCUCUGACUGGAUUUACAUAGCUUUGGGAACUGUACCAGGAUGCUAGGAACCAAACCAAAUUCCUCUGCAAGAGCAGUAAGUUCUCUUCUUUCUCUUCUUUGCAGAGCCAUCUUGCUGGCGAUCCUUUAGUUUUUGUUUUGACCAUGUUGCCCAGGAGAACCUUGAACCAGAAACCUUCCUGCCUUGACCUCUCAGGUGCUGAGGCCACAGGAACGCACCGCUUCUUCCAGUUCCAUGUUUUCUUUUCUCCUUCUUUCUUUCUUUUUUUAAUUUUUUAUUUUUGUUUUUCAAGACAGGGUUUCUGUAUAGCUUUAGAGCCUGUCCUGAAACUCGCACUGUAGACCAGAGAUCCACCUGUCUCUAUACCUCCUAAGUGCUGGGAUUAAAGACAAGGCAUGUGCCACCACCAUCUGGCUCAGCUCCACAUUUUCUUGAAAAAAGUGGCUUGUUGCCAGGCACGAUGGCACCAGUUUGUGAUUCCAGUACUUCCAGGAUUGAUGCAAAGAUGCUCCAGGAACUCAAGACCCUCGCUAGCCACAUGUGGAGUUUGAAUUGCACGAGACCCUAUCAAGAAAAAAAAAAAGUCGGGGAGGCUCACUGGUUAAGAGUGCUUGCUGCACAGUCAUGAAUGAGGACCUGAGUUUGAAUUCACACAAGCAGACACCCUGAAAAUGCCUGUAACUCCAGCUCCAAGAGAUCUGACACCCUGUCUGACCUCCAUAAGCGAGCAGGUGCAUGCACCACCACAC